AUGAACGAACUACUGAUAAGGUCCAAGAGCGGCAUCAAGCUCUACACCUUCGAGCGAAACGAGAACAACGAGUACACAGGAAAGGUUACAUUCGAGUACGACGGGUGCAUACACGACGCCAUUUGGUCGUGUGAUGGGAACUCCUUUCUCAUCCUACACUCCGUGGAGGGCCUACUCCUCAUAUCAAACUAUGCGGACAGAGAUAACAUAAGAGUGAAUAAAAUCACCUGCACAAACAGAUACAAGGAAUUAUUCACCGACGAAAAUGUAAAGCUAAUCAAGCAUGUCCAGUGGUCACCAGGAAAUAAAUUUGUUGUUUUCUUUUUCCCCUUUGAAGAGAAAAAUUUUUUCUCCAUAGGAAACCUACUUGUAUUUAGUGUGCAACAUACAAAGGUAUUGUGUUCCUUUAAAAUUAGAAAAAAAAUUUGCAGCAACUGGCCUAUUAUCCAUUUCACCACUGAAGAUAGAUAUUUUUUUCUCGAGAAAAAAUCCAACCUAUAUGUAUAUGAUACUCUCCAGUUGAUCCAAACGAAUGCAGAGAUCCUGCAUAAUUUGGUAAAUACAGAUGUUCCAAAAAAUUACCUUUUUACAUGGCAUCAUCCGAAUGUCAUAGCUAUGUAUGUAUCCCCUUACGUUGGAGAAGACCACUCAAGGUACUUCAUUGUUCAUACGAAAAAUAACUUCUUGGGAGAUGUGUAUGUGUAUAAGAUAGAGGGGUUAUCCUCUACGGUGAGUAAUGUGGAUGGUAUCGAUUUGGGGAAGGAGAAAACUCCUUCCAUGGGGGGUCAUCCUAACGAUGGAGGGAUAUCCCCCUGUUCAGCAGUGGGUAUUACCACUACGAAAGGAAACAAAUGGGAAGAAAAUAACCCUCCGGAAAGGAAUGUCUCUUUAGAUCUUCUUAUCCGAAAAAGCUUUGAUAAUCUGGAUAACCUCUACUGUAUGUGGUCACUCAGUGGGAAGCAUGUUAUUCUCAUGGUGUACACCAACGAUACGACGAAUAAGUCAUAUGGCUACGUAAGCAACUGCUACUAUUUCUCCCUAAGUGCCAAACAUUUAGGUAUGAAAAAAAUUAAUGAAAACGUGGCACAGGAUGUAAAGUGGAAUCAAACGAGUGAUGACUUCCUCCUAAUAGAAGGCAAAUCAGAUAAUGCCAUUUUUUUGUAUGACCAUAAUUUGAAUAUCAAACAAAAAAUUUCAUCUCAGUACAAAAACACCAUUAAGUGGUGCCCCUUUGGGAACAUGAUUGCUCUCGGGGGGUUCGGAAAUUUAGCAGGAGAUAUCAAUUUUUAUUUUAAAGAGAAAGACGACUCUGUUAUUCUAAUCAAACAGUACAGGGAACCAUGCACUGUUCUAUGUGAUUGGUCUGCAGAUGGUACUCUAUUCAUGACUGCUUCCACUUACCCCAGGAUGAAAGUGGAGAAUACGUUUAAAAUAUACACGUACGAGGGGAACCUUGUCAAAAGCUAUAAUUUCAACGAGCUUUAUGACGUCCAAUGGAAGAAGGCCCCUCCUGGGUUGCUCUCCGAGCCACCCAAGCCACAGGCCAAUCUCAAGGACAACAAGCGCAGCGUAUACAAAAUUAAGUAUAGUAAUAUGGAUGCCCCGUUGGGGAGUGGAACCCUCAGCGGUGCAGCAGUUGUCGUGGGAAGUAACAUCGGGAGCGGUACCGGAGGCGGUGUGCUGAGUGGACUAGUUAGCCCUCCCGGAGGCGCUCCCAUCAGCGUCAGCAGCGGAAACGCCUCUGAUGCGCUGGACGAAGCUACAUUCAAGAAAACCAAAGGGGGUGGCGAAGCAGGAGAGAAGGACAGGGCUAAAAUGGGCAAGGCUGUGGUGGCUGCUCCCCCUGUGGCUGCCCCCAACAGUGCGCAAGCGGCGACGGCGGCGCUCGGCAGGAAGAAGAAGGCGGAGAAGGGGGGAAAUGCGUACGACUGGGAUGUUGACUGGAGAAAUAAAGCCGCCUCCGGCACGGCAGCAGCGGGGGCAGCAUCGGGAGCGGCAGGAGUGGCGGUCCCCCCCACCGGCGUGGCAGGGGUUGCCGGCGUGAACGGCGUUACCGGCGUGAACAGCGGCAGUCAUGACAAGGAAGGAAGUAACACCCAUCCUCAGAGGAACAACGACAUGCUUCAUAGUGACAUGUAUGGCCUCCCCAAAAGUGGCACAAAUAAAAAUAGCGCACCGUCCUCUCCAUUGUACCAGCCCCAUUUUAACCCACACACAAACGGAGUACCCAUGCAGAGUGCUAACUCCUCCCUGUUUAAUCAACUAUUGGGGGGAAAGCAGAGGAUUCAGGGAAGUAGUCACCAUCCCCAAGGAGCAGAAGGACCAUCACCAAGUGGAAGCGUCCCAAAUGGAGGAAUGUACCUAAGUGCACUCCAACAACAGAGUUACACUGAUGAUACUAAAGGGAGUGGAAACCAAAACAGCUAUAUGUACAUUUCAAACCAUCAAGGAAAAACGUUGAACUCGUCUGCAUUUCCCGAAAGGGGAAGCAACGAAGGACCUAUUAACGAUGGGUCCUCCAACCAAGCUAACCUCAGUAGUAGUACUGCUGUGAAUGAACAGACUAGAGGUACCCUUCGUAUCCCCCCCGGGACAAAAAAAUCAAAUGAGGAUCUGCUAAGAUUAUUUAAGAGAGUACUACCUCACGCAACUGUCAACAUUGUCCCAAAGAAUGAACAACCCAGCAGUAGUAGUAAUGACCGUGACCCCAUGUUGAGUACCUCCUCAAUUGGACAUACCCUCAGCAGUAUUAGCAGUAUACAGAAUGUUGACUCGUCCAUGUCAGCUCAACGAAGGAGCAUCAUAGAAGGUAUUCGAAAUGACUACGAAUAUCAAACGGGAUUCAAAAGAGAACACAUAGAUAUGAGAAUGACCUCGUCGAAUGAGCAUAUCGGAAGGGAUGAAGGAAAUAACAAUGCCAGCUAUGGAAGUAGUAGCAUCAAUAGUAGCAGUCUAAAGCUGUACUGGAUCGUCCACAAAAUACAGACGUAUGACAUGACAGCUAGUAGAGGAGGAACGAACGCCACGGAACUCAUGGCGAAGGAUAAAAAGAUUAUCGCCAAAGUGAAAGAAAUGAAGGUACUCUUAGAUUACGCCAACGAUUUGGUGAAAGACACAUAUCAGAAAAAUAAAAAAAAAUACGAAAGUCUGAUCCAACAGUUUACUGUUAUUCUGAAGCAGCAUGACAAUUUGUAUCAACAGAAGAAGGAGAAAAUCAUGCGAGACCAUUCGGACAAGGAGGCCAUUGUUUACUUUAUUUGUAAUAUCGAAAAGAUUGUGCAUAGGUAUGUCACAGGGAGUGGCACAGCGAGUGGUACUGCUAGCGGCACUGCUAGCGGCAUAGCGAGUGGGGAGAACCCUGUGCCUUCUUCUCCCCCUCUCCGGGGUUCUCAUCACCCCGGCAUCGUCGAUGGCAGGGGGGAAGGCCACCCGUCCACUACACCUCUCAGUAACGCAGGGGAAUACACCAAUGGCAUGGCCAGCGAUUAUGCGGGAGGUUACCCGGGAGGUUACCCCGGAGGUUACCCAGGAGGCCACCCCGCAGGCCACCUGGGAGGUUACUCGAACAGUUUGAAGAAGACCGCACCCCCAAUGGAACUGCAACGCAAGUUACUCAUGCAAAAGUUGAGCGAGCAAAGCAGACGUACCGAUGGGAACUACGACGAACAGAAUCUCAACAAAAAUAAAAUAAGUCUCUCAGAGUACCAAAGAAAUUUUGCUUUAAAUGAAAUGGGAGGACAUAAAGAUGAGCAGGAAAAAAUUUUCUUGAGGCGGAUUGGUGGAAACAAUGAACCGGGAGCAGCUGCGUCACUUGAGAUGCCCUAUGUGGAAGAACAGGAGGACAAGAACAGCCCAGUGGGGAGAGGAGGCGGGUACGAGGCCAUCAGCAGGGGGAGCAUGUACUGUAGAGACGCUCAGAGUGUGGAAGCGUUCCCCCGCGAUAGGCGCGCCCUCGAGGGUAACAGCGGUUACAACAGUCACAACGAGCACAGCAGCCGCAACGAUCACGACAGCCUGAACAGCCUGAACGGCAACGACGCGUGCCCGUCCCCCCUCCUCAACAGGAUCAGUAAGUCACUGCUGAACAAGUCGGAGAAGGAGGACGGCGCGCAAGACCGCGAUAGCGCCAAGGACGUGUCAGGCAAGUACAGCCUACUGGAACUUAUUAGAAAGAAAAAGCAAAUGGAGCUGCAGAGUGGUGUGCAAGGAGGAAUGCAAAGCGGAGUGCAAGGCGGAGUGCAAGGCGGAGUGCAGAACGGCCUACUCAGCAGCCUGCGCGCCGCUGCCCAGGGAAGGGACGACCACAUGGACGUAAGCUCCAUGCUCCGUAAAGCCAACCAGGGCGCGCAGGGGGGGGGAAAGUACGCCGCGCAAGAGGAGGACAUAACUCACAGGAUAAAGAGCAUGAUGCACGCGGAUGCUUAUUUCUUCGUCCACGCAUUGCCAGGACCCUUUUUCCUUGACGAGAUGAGGAUUUGGAGCGAAAUGGGGUACUUCGAGCCGAUGCUGCCCGUCCGCUGCUGCGACUCCGAUCGCUUUGUUGCCCUGAACAAACUGUUUCCCCCUCCACAUAAGCCCUUCACCAUUAUCCCGAAGCCGCAGCCGAUAUUGCAGUGGGAUGAGGAGCUAUGA